AUGCACUAUUUUUUUUUUUUACCUUCGCUUUUUUCUUUUCUCUGUUUCAAAAUUGCGUAUAAGUAUGGUCAUUGCAGGGCAACUGCUCCUGGGGAAUUUUUUAUUCAUUUCUUGUGCUUUUUAUUGCGUUCUCUCUAUUUCUAUUUCUUGUACCGAUUUGUAUUUUUUUUUUUUGUUUCUUUUUUUUUUUUUUUUUUUGGUUUUGGUGGACUGGGGAAGGUCGCACCACGUUGUCAUUUAUGCAUGUUUUGUUUGGAGCACGCAUUGCAGGGGGCGAUGCCGACGGGGGCAGUGAUGGAGCAGACGACUCAUAUCGGUCCCGCCGAAGUCACCGCGCUGCUUGUGCAGAGGGAUGUACCGAUUGCGUGUUCAACGAGACCCAACGGGGUACUUUUUGGUGGGAUUUUUCAUGGCCUUGGAAAAACAAAGAUUAAUGCGAAGUACCAUUCUCUCCAUUGGUCGUCGGCAGACCCAACACGAGCGCCAGCGGCCUGUUUUCCUCUAGUGGAAGACUCCCUUCACUGUGAAGUUGUUGGUGAAUUGAUUCAUGUAGUGAACGAUAAGGACACCGUUUCACACUUUGCUUCAAAGAAGACACGACAGUCUUUGGUUGGAUUGGUGAAACUCGUACAAGGUACGGAUGGUGUUUACACGAAAAGCAUCAUUCAACUGCACAGGUCAUGGCUUUUUUAUUCACAGAUGAUAUCGGAGAAGGAGAGUAGUUGUGGGAAUACUAUACAUGCUAUGGAGUUGUUUUGUAAAAAGUUGGUUAUGUGGAUCUUUAGCUGCUACGCGAGGGAGCCUACGACGCAACUGACACUUCGCCAGUUGGAAAAUGCAUUUCCACUACUUACUUCGGUGGAUGUACAAGACCGUCGCCGUGUUGUGAGUGGGGCUUUGACCCGUUUUGCAGGAGGGUUGCUCUCAUUUUACGACGACCGCGUCAUUGCAUUGAAACAUGUCCCCGUCCAUGCAUUCUCUUUGCUCUCUUUGGAAGAGUUUAGAAUGGUGACAUCAAUGGAGCAGGCAUCUGUUGCUUUUCUGUUCAAGUGUCAAAUGCGACAUGAAGAGGUUUUAGAGGCAUUGCAGACCGUGUUAGAUGCCUGGGGAAAACGUGGUGCUGCGUUAGCAUCAUCAUUUAUGCGAUUGGCUGUUGCGGUGAUUCUUUCACAUGCAAUUGGUACAUGUGCUUUGUUGCCCCAAGAUCUGAGAGGCUCGGUACGCCCCUUUGUUCUUCGCUACUUGCCAACACUACUGGUCCUUCACGGAGAGGAGCCCAUUCUUGGGAGGCUUGCCGCUUUGCUGCGGCAGCCAAAAACUCAUAAAAGGUCCACCCCGAUUUCAGUACGACGGAGAAUGGAAGAGAUCACACGGGCCGAACCGAUAGUUGUCGAGCCAUCUGCCGCGUGUGCGGAGAACGUUGCCCGAUCGGAGAUGGAGGGGGGAUACUUUUUUGAAUCCGUUGCACCUCUUCCGCAGUUGGACUCCGAGGUGGCCUGGAAGAUUGCAAAAUGUACAUGCCGUCACACGAUUGUCUCUUUUCCAAAGAAGCAUGCCUUGAGAAACAACGCGGUUGGUGGCUCGGAUCCGGACUGUCUAUUCUCCGCUUUUUUGUUUUCAUGUGCACGUCUGCACUUGUCGUGGCCGUUGCUUAAGUCUUUUGGGGACGAGGAGUUGUGCUUGAGUUUGAAUCUUGGCAAGGCCUCUCACGCAACACCGGACGAAGAAUUGGUGUGGAAAACAGAGAGGAAGAGGAAACGCGGGAGGGGACGGGCGUGA